AUAAAUGAUGUAGCUCAGCAUCCCGGUGUCUCUGGUGGUGGUACCCCAGGAGCUGGUGGACACUGGACCUUUCACCUGCGUGGGUGGGCAGUUGUGCCGCCAGGAAUGCAUUGGGCCAUGGGGAAGGGUGAGCCCUGCCUGGCCGUCCUGGGCAGCAGGGAGCAACUGGAGGGCUGGCACCGGCGGGGGCGCUGGCGUCGGGCUGCUCCCACGUGCCUUGGCGGGCAUCCAGCUGUGAGCAGCCCGCAGGCAGCCCGGCGUGGCACAGCACGGCCCAUGGCCACAGGGAACCAGCCGGGCAUGGAGGCGGCCGGCGGCCCCGCUGCCUGCUACCGGGAGCUGAGCCAGUUCCCUGCUAUCACCCGUGCCGCCCUCGGGGCCGCGGCGGGGGGACAGACCUUCCUGCUCUACACUGAGUGCAGCCGCCCCGACCUGCCCCGCCGGCGGCUCCUGCGCUUCAGCCGCCACUACAGCGUGCGGCGCACGGACGGCGGCGGCCUCGCCGCCAGCAGGACCGCGCUCAGCGCCGGCAUCCACAACCAGCUCCUCAGCCAGGACUCGCCCACGGGGCAGCACCGCGCCGUGCUCAGCCGCUGCCCGCGGCAGGGCCACGAGCUGCUGGAGGUGUGGGACAGCGGCGGGCGCAGCCACAGCGUGGACCUCACGGCGCUGGGGAAGCACGGGGAGGUCUACACGGAGGGGCCCUUUGCCUGCCUGGCCUGGUCCCAGUCAGAGACACGGCUCCUGUACGUGGCUGAGAAGAGCCGGCCCAAACACCGGCCCCCCUGCCCCUGGGAUGCGCCCAGGGCAGCCCAAUCAGCAGAGGAGGAUGAGGAUGAGGAUGAGGAGGGCGAGCAGUUCUUGUACCAUGAGGACUGGGGGGAGGCACUGAGCACUCGCAGUGUGCCCAUCCUCUGCGUCCUGGACCUGGAGAGCAGCAGCCUCUCAGUGCUGGAGGGUAUCCCAGAGCACCUCUCCCCUGGCCAGGCCCUGUGGUCCCCCGGUGAUCGUGGCGUGGUGUUCGUGGGCUGGUGGCAUGAGCCCUUCCGCCUGGGUCUGAGCGCCUGCUCCAACAGGAGGUCAGAGAUUUUCCACUUGGACCUGUCAAGCGGGUGCUGUGAGCUGCUGUCAGCAGAGAAUGGUGCCGCCUGCUCCCCCCGGCUGAGCCCUGACGGCCAGCGCCUUCUUUACCUGGAGGGGGCUGUGGGGGGGCCCCACCGGCAGUGCCUGCGCCUGUGCAUGCUCACCUGGCAGACGAGGCAGACGGUGACAGUGCUCGAUGUGGUGCAGGAACCCACGGAGGCCUUCGCCGGGCUCUACACAGAGGUGCUGCCACCACGGUGCUGGGCAGCCGACAGCCGGCGAGCCGUGCUGAGCACCCCGCAGAGGAGCCGCACGGACCUGCUGCUUGUGGACACGGAGGCAGCCACAGUCACCAACCUGACGGCAGGGUCGCCCGAGGGAUGCUGGGAACUGCUCACUCUCCAGUGGGACCUUCUAGUGGCCACCUGCUCUGCCCCACACCAUCCCCCCAGCCUGGUGGUGGCUGUGCUGCCGCCGGCAGGCCGGGAGCUGCCCCUCCGCUGGGUGCCAGUGGAGGACACCCCAACAGUGCCUGGUGUCACCUGGAAGACCCUGACGGUCCGGCCAUCCUGCAGUGGGCAGAGCCCUGCUGCGCAUGACACCCAAGAUUUUGAGGCCCUGCUGCUGAGCCCCUUGGAUGGCACAGCACCACACCCCCUCAUUGUGUGCCCCCAUGGUGGCCCCCAUGCCGUCUUCGAUGCCCGCUGGCGCCCAAGCAUGGCUGCACUGUGCCAGCUAGGCUUAGCUGUGCUCCUGGUGAACUACCGUGGCUCCCUGGGCUUUGGCCAGGCCAGUAUCAGCUCCCUGCUUUCCCGUGUGGGUGAGCAGGACGUGGCAGACACUCAGCUGGCAGUGGAGCAGGCGCUGCACAGCGAGCCCCUGGACCCGCACCGCCUGGCCCUGCUGGCUGGUUCCCACGGAGCCUUCAUCGCCCUCCACCUCCUCAUCCGUGAGCCCGAGCGCUACCAAGCCUGUGCCCUGCGUGGCCCCGUCUCCAACCUGCCCGCGCUGCUGGGCACCUCUGACAUCCCCGACUGGCGCUACACCUCCCUGGGGCUGCCCUACUCCUUUGAGCGGGUGCCAUGUGCUGAGGAGGUGGCCACCAUGCUACUGCGCUCGCCCAUCGCCCAGGCAGCCCAGGUGCGGACGCCGGUGCUGCUGUGCGUGGGCGCCCGGGACCGGCGCGUCAGCCCCACGCAGGCGCUGGAGCUGUACCGGCUGCUGCGGGCCAGGGGCGUGCCGGCGCGGUUGCUGUGGUACCCAGAGGGUGGCCACGCCCUGACCGGUGUGGAGACAGAGGCCGAUGUCUUCAAGAACUGCGCCCGCUGGCUCCUCCAGCACCUCGGGCAGCCAAGGCAGGACAGGACAGGACAGCACAGUCCCUAGUGCCCACAGUGGUCCUGGGCUAUACUGACCCCAGGGUGACCACUGGCCCUGGGGACCACACCAGGGACGAGAGGAUGGAGCAAGUGUAGCUGAGGGCAGGAUGGGACAUGGGUUGUUUGGUGCUAAAUAAAUGUGUGAGACCACCCUCUGCAGUGUCAA